AUGGGUAUCAAUGAGAAGCUCAUCAACGAUCUAGUCGCCAAGGCAGCCAAGGCCGCGGAACAGGGCACAAAGUUAAACUUCGAAGAUCCCGAUGAAGCCGGGCAAUACAUGCUUUCGAUACUCGCAAUGGCCACUGGAUCUAUCCCUGUAGUUGGAACCAGCCUGAGCGCGCUCACUGGCCUUCUUAGUAGCGUCCUUUUCCCGGACAAUUCGACAGAGAAAAUCUGGAAGGCACUUCGCGAGCGCAUUGAGCAACUAAUUGACACCAAAAUUGAGAAAGAAUACCUCAGCACUUUAGAAAAGACGAUCCAGGGUCUUGACGAUAAUCUGGAUCUCUACGGCCAGCAGUCGGAGGUAUUCAAAAAGGCGUCAGGGAACCAGAAACAGAUAGCGGCUCGCGCUCUUGGCACACAACACUCUGCAUUCCGGACCAGCCUUUUACUAGUGAUUCCGCUAUUUCAGGCCAAAUCUCACCAAGUUGCCUCGCUUCCUUGGUUUGCCAUCGCGGCCAACAUCCAUCUUCUGCUAUUGCGGGACGGUAUCAAACACGGCAAAGAGUGGAACUAUUAUUCUGACGGUAAUAUUGAAAACAUGAAGAAAGACUUCAAGCAUUGGACGUCGCCGGGCUCUGCUCCCACAGAGCAUCGCAAAAGCCUAUCGCAGGAAGCUUCUUCCCUUAAGAAGGCCAUCAGCGAGGGCAAGAAGUUAGGUUUGCCCGCCAAGCUACUCGAGACAUGGCAAACGACCUACGAUGAAUCCGACGAGAAUUAUGACGACAUUCCCAGCACUCACAUUGACUAUGUCUCCUAUGUAAAACAGGUCUACGAGGAAGGACGCAAGAAAGUCAAGCCGUACCCGCCAGUCCUCCGUCCCGAGGACUUAAAUAUGGGCGCCGAGGUGGCUGGCAAGAUGAGAGCCUACGCCGAUUAUGACAGGAACAUGAUCACGCACGUCCUCGCCUACUCUGAGCUCUGGCCCUACAUGGUAGACGGAACGACCCCGCCGCAGGUCUUGAAGAACCUGGACCGCGAGGUUUUCUGCGGUCCAUUCGGCCGCUAUGCGAAGCACACUACAUGGAGCGAGACGAGCCCACCCACCAUUGACGACCGCAGGGCGGCAAUCACAUCCGUAUAUAUUAGGGGCUGGGACGAUGUGGAUUGUGUGUGGAUUCAGUACGGUGACUCAUGGGGUGAUUGCUAUGGAUCACGCACGGCAGGCGUGCUGCAGGAGCUGGCUCUUGCGCAUGAUGAAUACAUUACAUCUGUUGGAGUCUCUUACGGAUUCAAGCUCGGGAGCGUCAAGUUCACGUCGAAUAAAAAUCGAACUGUAAAGGUGGGCGAUGCAAGGAAUGGCGACAAGGUCCAUGUCACUUCCGCGCCCAAGGGCUAUGCGUUGACGAGCGUCUACAUUACAAACUGGGAGUCGCAUAUCCCACCGGGCUGUGAGGGCAUCAUCUUGGGCUUCCGGCGAUUGAUAACACACUCGCCAUGA